CACAAAACUCAAACAAAUCGAACUAAAAAGGUGAUAUUCGUAAUCAGCACAAAAUUCUGCAUCGGAUGAUGUGUCUUUCAAGGAAAAAUGAAGAGUGCUUGAUUUUUGAAUUAGCGGCACCUUACAUGUUAAUAAACAUUUCACAAUUAUUUGAUCGUCGAGCAGAAUUUUGGUAAUAUUCUGACUAACAAACAGAAAGUAAUCAGUUUCAUAUUUUCCAGAGGAAAUACAGCAAAAAAAACCAAGGUGGAAGAAAAGUCGAGGGUCAGCAGUGCUUUCGAGAUAUUCGGUCAUAUGUGCAUGGACAAAUCUAAAAUAAUCUGUGUCAGAGAAAAUAAAAAUUCAAAUAAAGUUAAUUCCUCGCAGCACUAGUCUUAGCUGAGUACAACGCUAAGGAAGAAAUCAGAGAAGAACAACAUAUGCUCAAUCUAAAAUGGAGAUACAAAGUGGAAGUUACAAGAGACUUAAUUCUGAUUUCUGUUGAUUUGAAAAUGGCAUGACGUUUUCCGUUCAAUUAUUUCACCAAUGAGAAGACUGAAAUAGAUUCAAGUAUUCAGACGCAUAUCGCGCCCUCUAUCGAGUCACUUUUUGCGUACUUCCAACUUUAGUCUACCACAAAAGCCAUUUUUAACACUUUUGUGUACUCUGAUUCUCUUACUUUCGCAAAAACGACGGAAAUUGGCAAUAGCUACUAUACUGCCACUUUUAAGCAGUGGUAGUAGCUACUGCUGCCCAUUCCGCAUUUAUUUUCCUACUGGUCGCUUUUAUUCUAUCACUAUGCAUUGAUCCAUACCACAUGCGCACGCAACAAAAAAUAAAUAAACAAAAGGAGAAAAUCAUGAUAGCAUGUCAAGUCAUUACGGGCUAGCUCGGAAGGUUCUCAGAUAAUAUUUAUCUCAAUUACAGGACUUUACUGAAUCGCAGUUUAGAAAACUGUUCUGCUGUGCAAGUGUGGGAUUACAGCGGGAAACUAUUCUACUUUGCGUUUGUACUUGCGAAGGACACUUUUCGCAGAACGAGUGCUAGGUUAGUGUGUCUUACUUUUUGGUUACAUAUACUUUACACGAGUGUAUGUCUGUUAUUGUUAUUUUAAGAUGUGAUUGGUGAAACGUAUUAAUGGCUCUUGAACUGAAGUUACACAGUCCCGCAGGCGAACCCUGCGCUGUUUUUACGUGGCCUGUUGAAAAGGCUGUGAGUAUUUUCUUCUUAACUAAAACUUCCCCGACUGGCAAGGUGAUAUUCCAAAAAUCUUCUUGAAAAACCACUCGAGAUCCACCUAAGAGCUUUGAAGCCAAGAAUAUUUUUUUGACAAUUUCAUAAAAGCAGUAAAAAUUUACCUUUUUUCCAUAUUUAAAUAUAAAUUUUUAGAAAAAAAAAGAUUCCAUUCAUUCCCGUUAACACGUAUCAGAUACUUUUUUUCUUCCGCUCAAUUUCGCUCAAUUUUUUUGAAAUAAAGUUUCAGAAGAUACCAGAAAACUCCAUCUGUGUCAAAAUAUAAUCAAAUUCUGUUUCGCCUAUCUAUUAUGUUAAAUUAGUGUUGCUAGCUUAGGAUUUACAUCCUUCUUUUUUGGUAGCGUUCCUCCUUUCAAGAUUUUGCGAUUACUCCUUAAUUCCUCUUUUUUCGAAAAACCUGAGUACGAAGCCAGAUCCAACUAAUUAUUCAGGAAAAUAAAUCUCGAGGAAAGCUUAAGUACUACAGCCAGUAAGUUAAUGUUAUUCUUAGAUUCGUACAAAACGCCUUUUCUUUCUUUCUUGCUAAAAAGAAUUUCAAUAUGUAUUUACUAUGGAUUUCGUCUCAUCAAUUAUGUUUUAAUCUAUAGCAUUUCUUUAUUUAUUAAAAGACGAUUACUAAAAAAGAUGGUGUUUUUGUCGGUGGAGAUGAAAUCGUUAAGACUAUUAAACUUGUUUGCGAGGAUUAUCCAGAAUUAUAUCAACAAAACUCUUCUUUGGACAAUUAUGAUAUACAUUCGUAUCAAAAAAUGAAAGAACUAUGUGAUAAAUACAACAAAAUUAUUGAUACGUUAAUUCGAUUGAAUCGUGGCACAGAAGCUUUUUCAGCCCGAUUACAACAGCGUGCAAGUCAAAAACUAUUCAAACAUAUAUUACAACAAGUUUACACACGCGCCGUUACUGAUCCAGAAAAGCUAAGGGUUUAUGAACCAUUUUCUCCAUCAGUUUAUGGAGAGACAUCAACAGAUUUAAUUGAUAGCAUUAUUAAGACCAUUGAUUUGAAAAAAGAUCAUACUUUCAUCGAUCUUGGAAGCGGCGUUGGAAACGUCGUACUUCAAAUAGCAGCACUCGCGGAUUGUAAACAUGUUUAUGGAAUUGAACAUGAAGAGAUACCAGCGAAAUAUGCGGAAGCAAUGGAGACAGAAUUUCGAUUUUGGAUGAGAUGGUAUGGUAAAAGAUUUUCAGAUUUUCAACUGGAACGUGGCGAUUUUUUACUUCAUGAAAAAAUAAAUGAUCGUAUUAAAGAAGCCGAUGUCAUUUUCGUUAACAAUUUUGUGUUUGGUGCAAAUGUUGAUCAUGAACUGAAAUUAAAAUUUAUGAAUAUGAAGGAUGGAGCAAAAAUUGUGUCAUCUAAAGAAUUUUGCUCAAUCGAUUUUCGUCUAAACGAUCGAACAAAAAAUGAUAUUGGAGCAGUAAUGCACGUCAGUAAACCAGAUGAACUCUAUGGUAAAGUAUCGUGGUCGGAUAAAAGUGUCCAUUAUUUUUUACACAUGAUUGAUCACAAAAAACUGGCAAAAUAUUAUGAAGAUAAAAAGCGACAACACAAUGCAAAAACAUCAAAACCAAAAAAUCAUACUAAUGGAGAUGAUGAAAAUUCAUUGAGUUCAACAUCUAACAAUUCCUCGAUCUCUUCGUGCUCAUCAAAAUCAUCACCCGAGCUCAACAAAUUAAAGACGAAGCUAAUGAAACAUGAUGAAAAUAAACCACCUGUUAAUAAAAAACGAAAAAUUCAGACACCAGUACCAGUGGGCACACCAGGUAUACGAAGAACGUCGAGAGCAACAAGAAAUCGACGAAAACCGGAUAAAUUUUGCUCUGAGGAUGAUGAAGAUAUCGAAGAGAAUAAUGAUUUUGACUUGAGCGUGGAUGAUGAAUUUGACACUGAUGAACAUUUGAGUGUUAAACGUCGAAAAUCGUCGGUACAUUAUCGUAAUACUUUAAGCGAAUUGCAUGACGCUUCUGGAACAAUGAUAAAUCCUACUGAUAAUAAUAAUGGUCGUUCGUGUGUAACAACAACAAAUUUAAAUGGAAACAACCGUUAUAAUUAUCGUGAAAUGACAAAAUUAUUCAAUGACAAUUUAGAAUUAAAAAGUUUUCGUGAUUUAUGUCUUGUUGAAGAACAAGAUCAACGAUUUCUUAAUUUUGUCAAUCAUUAUAUCGAUGAAUAUCGUAAACGUUUGAUUGACUAUUUUAAUUACAUGAAAACAGAACAAUAUCAUAAACAUGUCAAAAAACAGUUAGAUGACGAAAUGGAAUUGAAUAAAUCAUUGAAAACAAAAAUUGUUCAUCUAGAAAAUUCAAUUGAAACAUUAUUAGAAGAAAGUAUUGAAUUAUUAAAGUUACGAACAAAAGAAUUGGGUAUUGAAAAUUUAGAAAAACCCGAUGAGCUAAUAACGUAUGCAAAUAAUAUAUCGAAUACACACAAAGAAUUGUGUUCUAAAGUGGCAUUGUUAAAUAAAGAAAUCAGUGAUUUAGACAAUGAAAAUGAAGAAAUGACAACCUUUUUAAAUGGGCUUACAUCAGAUAAUGGUAUAAAUGAACAGGAUUUUAGCAACGAAACUCAACAACAGCAACACAUAAAAGCAGGAAAUUCUCCUGUGUUAAACAAAGUUACUAGUGUAAACAAGACAAAUGGUAAUGGUGUACACACAGAUAAUAUUUAUUCAACCUUGUUAGCAAACAUGAGUUUACAAACGCAAUUACAGCGUAACUGUCAUGAUAAAACGAUUAAUGAUCAGAUAUUGGUUGAACGUAUUAAAUCGAAUAUGUUAAACUCAAUUGAUCCGACAUUGACGAUCAGAUCAACAAAAGAAAAAAUUAUUACUGAAAAUUCAUUACCAUUGACAAAAACCAAAAAUGAUCUUAUAUGCUAUUCACCAAUUAGUCCUACAAAUGAAGAUAGAGAAUCAACGGCAACAAUGGAAUUUUCGACCAAUAAAUCACUGAGUACCGUUUCGUCGCCAUCGUAUCAUAUUGUAAAAGCACAACGAAAAGAAGAAAAUUUACAUAAAAAAACUUCGAAAACAGAGCCAUCAAGUAUUGUAUCACCAUUGAAAUUAAUCAAAGUCAAUGAACAACCCAAAACCGGUAGACGAUCUCCGUCACGCAUUUCCCAAAUCCAAACAUUGUCAUCAAACAUUAACAAUCUCUUAUCCACGAAAAAAAUUGAACCAGUACAAGUUCAUUCAGUAGUGACUCGUCCUCAUGUCCAUGAUAAUAAAAAUCCACAAGAACAUCAAACAUCUCAUCAUCAUCAAUCAAAUCUAGUCGAUAAAGUAUUGGUACAUCCAAUUGACGUUAAACAAGUGUAUCAGCAACUGGCAACGACACAACCAAUACUAUUGAAUAAUAUUGAAGUUGAACAAUUAAAAAAUACGGCAAUAAUAUCUUGUCCUAAAAAGAAGCGUGAUUACUUUGGAAAAAGUUCAACAUGUUCAUCUGUCUCUUCAUCUUCAAACGACAUUAAUCAUUCAUGUUCACCAUUAUUAGCAACGAGCAAUGCAUCUAAAAACCAUCAAUCUUUGAAAACAGCUAUGAUAGUUGAAAGCAUAAAGCAGCACCGAUCACAAAAAAGUAGUAUUUCAAAGACUCUAGUUGGUGACAAAGAUUUAACUCGUCCAUCGUCGACACCGUCAUCGUUAUUAUCAACGGCUAUAUUAGAUCGGCCACAAUCAAUUUCAUCGAUCUAA